AUGCCUACAGAAGGGGGUGCGACGGGUCCACCGGCGUCAGAUUGGUCCACAGGCGCCAGAUACCUAAAGAAGGGAGUGCGACGGGUCCACCCGCGCCAGACUCUUAUAGAAGCGGGUGCGACGGGUCCAAUGGCGUUGAAUUGUUAUCCUCAUUUCAAUAGUUUUCAGCCCAACGACAAGUGGAUCAUCUGGAUAAAGGCCGCUGCAAAAGAUGGAAGGAAGGUCACUUAUGCGUUAACCGGAGAGCUCUCGAGAAUUGACGAAUUUGAUAGAGUGGCGUUCGAUGGUCAUACGGAACUGAAAAAUGCUAGAACUUUCAAGUCCUACGAAUUGGCAUCUAACCUUUGCUAA